AUGUUCAAAGCCUCCUCUCUGCUCCUGCUGACCCUGGUGUUAACCGUCCAGCUGUGCUCAUCAGCACCAAUACGAAAGACAGACUGUUGCUGCACUGGAGAAUCAGUUCACCGUGUUGACGAACCUCUAAUUUUUAUUGCAGCUGGCAAAGUUAAGCGUCCUGUUGUUGCCAAACAACCAGUUCCUGAGAAACUUGCACCAGUUCCCGAAGACCUCGGUCAGAAAGAACCAGUUCAGAAGAAACCAGUUGUUGAUGAUGCUCCAUCUGCUAAGGAAUCACCUACUAAAGAAGACAUUCCAGUUGUUGUGAAAGAACCAGAACCGGUUUUAAUCGAAGAUCAGGUCUCUGAUAAAGAUGUAUCUCAGGAAUCAGACACCCAGAAGCCUUUGGCUGCAGUUCCAAAAGAGUCUCCAGAGGAAGACAUUGUCCCUGUAGAAGCUGCUGUUGAAGGGGAAACUCCAGAAGAAGUUGUCCCCGCUGCUGCUGUAGAGGAUGAGUCCCCAGGACAGAAUGGUGUAGAGGAUCCUGCUCCAGAAGCACCACUCCCAGUCCUCCCUUUAGAAGCCUCAGAAGAUGAAGCUCUAGAGGAAAAUGCAGAAAAAGAAGCUGCCCCUGAACAACUAGUACUUAUUGACCCCGAUGACAACACAGAAGCAGAAGAAAAGACAGAACCAGCAGAAGAGGAAUCAGCUGUCCAUGACCCUGCAGAGUCUGAUACAGAUGGGGCAGAUCAAGAGGUCCAGACUGCAGAGGAAACAGCACCAGAGGAGUCACUCCCAGAAGACAGUUUACUUAUUGUCCCUGAUGGGAAUACUGUUGAAGAAGAACCUCUUCCUUUGACAUCAGAAGAAGAGGAAUCUGUCGUACUUGUUCCUUCAGAACUUGAGACAGAAGAGACAGGUCACGAGGAACCUGCAGCAGAGGAAACACCAGGGGAGUCAGCCUUAGAAGACGAUCUACUUGUAGCCUCUGAUGACAACGCUGAACCCCUUCCUUUGACACCAGAAGAGGAUGAAUCGGUGGAGCUCGUCCCUGUUGAACUUGAGACAGAGGAAGCAGAUCAAGAAGUACCUGCUGCAGAGGAAACAGCCGCAGAAGAUCCUUUACUUAUAGCCCCUGGUGACAAUACUGAAGUCGAAGAAGAAUCUCCUCCUUUGACACCAGAAGAAGAGGAAUCGGUUGUCCUUGUUCCUGCAGAGCUUGAGACAGAGGAGGCAGAUCAAGAGGAAACAGCACCAGAUGAGUCCGCCCCAGAAGAACCUUUACUUAUUGUCCCUGAUGACAGUACUGAAGAAGAACAAUCUCCUCCUUUGACACCAGAAGAGGACGACUCGGUUGUCCCUGCAGAACUUGAAACAGAGGAGGAAGGUGAAGGAGAACUUGCUGUAGAGGAAACAGAACCAGAGGAGUCAGUCCCAGAAGAACCUGGUCCUGUAGAACCUGUUGAACAGGAGCUGGAUCAAGAGGAACAAGAGGAAACCGUCUCUCUCAUUUCAGAAGAAGAAGAAGAAGAAGAAGAAGAAGAAGAAGAAGAAGAAGAAGAAGAAGAAGAAGAAGAAGAAGAAGAAGAAGAAGAAGAAGAAGCUCUAGUAGUCCUUGAAGAAACUAAUGAAGAACCUCCUUCAUUAGAAGAAGAGGAAUCUGUCGCCAUCCUUCCGGAAGACCUUGAAAUCCAAGUAGAACCUUCUGCAGAGGAAACAUCACCACAAGAGCCAGAGCCAGAAGAUCCAGCUCUUAUUGUUCCUUUGGACCCUGCUGAAGAGGAAUCAGAGCUUGAAGGAGAAGUAGAUGAAGAAGAAGUAGUUUCCUCAGAAGUACUAGAUGAAGAAGCCCCGGAGGGAGAUACAGAAGCCGAAGAUGCUGAAGAGGACCUUGCUACUAAUGAAGAAUCCCCUUCUAGUGCACCAGAAGAAGAGGAAUCUGUUGACCUUGUCGAUGCAGAAGUUGACACAGAGGAGGAAGGUCAAGAGGAAGCAGCUGAAGAGGAAAUAGCCACAGAAGAACCUGCUGUCAUUGUUAUUGUAGGACCUGCUAGUGAGGUACCAGCUUCAGAAGACCCAAUCCUCAUGAUUCCCCUGGAGGACCUAGAAGAAGAAGCUCCCGAGGACACCGCAGAAGAAGAUAUCCAAUCAGAUCCUCUCCUGAGCGAAGCAGAACUAGAAGAGGACCUAGCACCUCAGGAGAACGAAACAGGCGACAGCGAUCCAGAGAUACUCACUGAGGCCGCAUCUGACGCUGAGACCGUAGAAGCAGAAGUGGAUCCAGCUGAGGACAUCUCAGCAGCUGCAACAGAGGUUCUUGUUGCAGAGCUUGAACCUGUCACAGCUCCUGACCCAGACGCAGUGGCAAAAAUCAUGCCCGCUCGUAUGAGAUGGCGUGAUGGCAGCAGCACGAGGACAAGGAUUGAAGAUCUUAAAUCUGCAGUUGUACUGGUAGAAGAACCUGAAGCUCUGCUGAACAGAGGGGCAAUACUCAGUGCAGCGUUCUUCACACUGAUGUCUUUUAUCGUUAUUGGAUUUCUUUGGACGACCAUAUCCAAGAAACUGCGCUGA